AGCCAACGACCCGUGGUCUUCUCUCCCUUUGAUCACGAUAGGAUAUUCUUCAUUGAAUAAUGGUUGCCUAAGUAGGUACCCGAGUAUUCACUGCAUUACCAUUUUAGGCAAUAUCUUUGGAGAGGUAAUAUGGUCGGGCAUAACAAAGGAAUCAGGAACAAAAAGAUAGGUGAAUAGGAAGGCCUCAAAUACCCUACACUGGGUCGGACUAGGCCAAUGAUCGCAGAUGACUAGGGCUAAUAUGUUCAUCCUCUACUCGGCUUCCUCUCGUAAUGUGACCUUAUCCCCUCGCUCGGGGCGAGGCCGUUUCCCUCCAGUGCCUAAGCUGGUCUCUCAGGUUCCUCUUCCUGGUACUAUCAAUGCAGGCCUUGCUUUCCGCUUGCAUCCCGGUGCUCCUUUAAAUGCGAAGAUUGCAUAUUCAGUCAUUGCAGGAGUGGUGGGAUUGGCAUAUCUUGGCGUACAUCUUCUGGUGGGCAUGCACGGAAUUUCUCGUCGACAAGAGCGGAAGCGCGAACCUAACUACCUUAAGGUAGGUAGUAGUAGGUAACGGGAUGAUAUUAUUAGUAAGGGAAGGGGAAUGACAGCAUGGCUUGGGAAUGCCGAGUGGGAAAAGUAUGGUGAUAGUAGG